UGUUUAACGUGUGGCGGUUCUGUUGUCAAGUGCUCAGUUCUGAGUGGAGAGAGUUCGGAUGGUUUUUUGUGAGUCUCCUGAUCUCCCUACUGCCAGCAUAGCUCAGUAAUGGAAUCAGAAGCAAAAGACGGGGAAGAGGAGAACCUACAGAGUGCAUUUAAAAAGCUGCGAGUUGAUGCUGAAGGGUGCACGGCGUCCCUUUGUGCUACUAAUGGGAGCACUACAAGGACAUCUGUUCGACCUUCUUUAGAAGACACCAAACCGAAAAUAUUGGGCUCGCUAAAAGAAAGCUGGCAUGGAUCAUCUAGAAAAACCACAAGGGGAGCGGUGAGAACACCUCGCAGAAGACGUUCCAAAUCCCCUGUCCUUCAUCCUCCAAAGUUUACACACUGCAGUGCAAAAGCCUCGACUAGCUCCCAGCUAAAACACAAAACCCUAUGCGAUACCCAAGAUGGGGGUGGCAGUGUAGGCGGCACAGCUACCAGUGAUCCAGCCAGCACUGCUCUUGACGUUGGUGGGUACAGAAGAUUUUAUCUCGAGCCAUCAGGAGCUUCUCCUUCGGAGACCUCUUCAGAGACCAUAAAAAAUGCUUCCAUUUCAUUGGCUUCUCCUGCAAGUCUGACGGCUAGUCAGCCCUCAGAUUUUCAGUCUGUAUCCAUACUCGGCACUGCUGCAGAAUGCACUUGCGAUGAGAAGGAAUGCCAGUGCAAGAACUGCUGGCAAAACAUGGAAGUGUACUCUUUCUCUGGCUUAAGGGACAUGCUGUCGGAGUGUGAGAAGACAGUUAAAGAGGACCACUCUCAGACUUUGCAAAACAGAACUCAGCCUUCGGCUAACGGCACUUCCGGAUCCCCACGCUCUUGCUCAGAACAAGCGAGAGCAUCAGUGGAUGAUGUAACUAUAGAAGACCUUGCAGGAUACAUGGAAUAUUACUUGUAUAUUCCAAAGAAAAUGUCCCACAUGGCUGAAAUGAUGUACACUUGAUAGGCCUCAAAAUCCCUUGCUUGAACCAAUAGGCGCGGGUGCCAUCUAACCGCCGCGUCGCUGCAGGAGCUUCCUUGGCCUCGAGCCUCUUGUCUCCAUUUGCCAUUAAAUGCAAGAGUGACAGAUUUCCUAAUUUAAAUACCAGCAUUUUUGUCGAUUUAUAUUUAUGUCAAAAGAAACAACCCUAUCCAGAUUUGGUGGGGGGGUUACCUGCAUUGAAACACUAUAAAGAGGAAAGAAAAAAGUAUAAAUAAGUUAUAAGUAAAUAUGGAAAGAAAAUGAAUCGUCCCUGUUUCAUGUGCGUUCAUUGUAUACAAAACCCCAGUUCUUUAGCCGUGUUCAGUCUGUGGGAUGAAGACUUAUCCACCCAUGUCUUGCUUCGAUUGGUGGCGGAGGUUGCAUGCAGGCGUUUGUUCUUGUAUCACGUAAAGGUGGGUUGUAGUGGAAAAAAAAUAAGUUUACUGAUUGAUUUUUCCUAUAGCUUGCACCCCGGUGGGAUCUGAUUUUAGUUGUUGAAGUCGGCAGUAGUUACCCUAGGGCUCCGGAUAGUGGGGGAAUGAUAUGGUUUUUCCAGAGCAGUAUUGGAAGAGCACGGAAUAGGAAUGCCUGUGUUCUUAGCAGUGUUACAUCACCAUUAGUCACGCUAGAUAAACAUGCCGUGUUCUAUACAUAGAACUAGGAUUUGGAGCAUUCGAGAACCACUGACUUAAAAACGUAAGAAUGUUUCCCCGCUGGCAGCAAUGUUUCAUACAUACAUACCUUUUUUUGCAUCCACAAGAUGAAAUUGUUUUGGAUUUGUUAAAUACAAAUGCAGUGGAUUCAUGUUUGCCAAAUAAACUUUGCAUACAAAAAUAA